AUGGCCGCGUCUACCGAAGUCGAUCAUUCCUUCCGCGCUUUCGUCGAAGCCCUGAAGGCCGAUGAUGACCUGGUCGAGAUCAACACCGAAGUCGACUCGAACCUGGAAGCCGCCGCGAUCACUCGUCUGGUCUGCGAGACCGACGAUAAAGCCCCCCUCUUCAACAACCUCAAAGGCAUGGGAAAGAAUGGCCUGUUCCGUAUCCUGGGAGCUCCUGGCUCCCUCAGAAAGUCCAAACGAGACCGCUACGGCCGUCUCGCCCGCCACCUGGCCCUGCCCCCUACCGCCAGCAUGAAGGAGAUCCUUGACAAGAUGCUCUCCGCUUCCCAGCUACCUCCCAUUGACCCUAAGAUUGUUGAAACCGGUCCGGUGAAGGAGAAUUGUCUGGAAGGCGAUGAAAUCGAUCUCACAGCACUCCCCGUGCCAAUGGUGCACAAGUCCGACGGUGGAAAAUACUUACAAACAUACGGGAUGCAUGUCGUGCAGUCUCCUGAUGGGACAUGGACCAACUGGUCGAUUGCCCGUGCGAUGGUCAAGGACAAGAACCACCUGACCGGGUUGGUGAUUGAACCCCAACAUAUCUGGCAAAUCCACCAAAUGUGGAAAAAGGAGGGCAAGGAGGUCCCAUGGGCCCUAUGCUUCGGAGUUCCUCCUGCCGCUAUCAUGGCCUCGUCGAUGCCCAUCCCGGACGGUGUUACUGAGGCUGGGUACGUUGGUGCCAUGACUGGUCGUGCCUUGGAGCUCGUCAAGUGCGACACCAACCAUCUCUACGUCCCCGCGAAUGCAGAGAUUGUGCUUGAGGGUACCCUCUCCAUUACUGAAACUGCCGACGAGGGCCCCUUCGGUGAAAUGCACGGCUAUGUCUUCCCCGGCGAUAGCCACAAGUGUCCCGUUUACAAGGUUAACAAGAUCACCUAUCGAACCGAUGCCAUCCUUCCCAUGUCUGCCUGCGGUCGUCUUACUGACGAAACCCAUACUAUGAUUGGCUCCUUGGCCGCUGCCGAAAUCCGCAAAAUCUGCCAGGUGGCCGGCCUCCCCAUCACCGACACUUUUUCCCCCUUCGAGGCCCAGGUUACCUGGGUGGCUCUCAAAGUCGACACCACCAAGCUUCGUCAAAUGAAGCUGACACCGAAAGAGCUUCAAAAAUGGGUCGGAGAUGUAGUGUUCAACCACAAGGCCGGGUACACCAUCCACCGCCUGGUCCUGGUUGGCGAUGAUAUUGAUCCAUAUGAGUGGAAAGAUGUCAUGUGGGCUUUCGCCACGCGGUGUCGGCCUAACGCAGAUGAGACGUUCUUUGAGGACGUCCGGGGGUUCCCGCUUAUCCCUUACAUGGGCCACGGCACAGGUUCGCCCACCAAGGGUGGCAAGGUUGUUUCUGACGCUCUGAUGCCCACGGAGUAUACCACAGGUGCUGAUUGGGAAGCUGCCGACUUUGAGCACUCCUAUCCAGAGGAGAUCAAGGCAAAGGUUAGGGCCAACUGGGAGGCAUUGGGAUUCAGAAGACAGGAAUAA